UUUUUUUUUAUAAAUUAAAAAGUUGUAAUAAAAAGUUGGCUUUUCGCUAUUAAAAUCCAAACAAACAAAAAAGUCACAAUCAAUCAAUCGAUCGAAUUCUCAAACCCCCCCCAAAAAAAAGUAAUGAAGUCAAAAACUCGUUUGGACUCGGCCGUAUUUCAACUCACCCCCACUAGAACAAGGUGCGAUUUGUACAUUAUCGCAAACGAUAAGAAGGAGAAAAUUGCGUCGGGUUUGCUCAACCCUUUUAUUGCACACCUAAAGACAGCUCAGGAUCAGAUUGCCGAAGGUGGCUAUUCGGUAUUGCUUGCACCAGAAACUGGCAGUAACGCAACAUGGUUUACAAAGGGCACCGUGGAAAGUUUUGUUCGCUUUGUGAGCACUCCUGAGAUACUAGAACGUGUCUACAUCAUAGAAUCUGAAAUCCUACAAAUAGAAGAAGCAAUUUCAAUUCAAGGAAACAAUGAUAUUCAGGUAGAAGACCGUCUGGUAAAGCCUGUGGCAGUCAAUGAAGAAAAUAAACCCGCAUAUGAUGCUGACACGGAGAAAGCAAUUGUCCUUUACAAGCCUGGGGCCCAAGAGACUACUGUUUCCAAUGCCAAAGAGGGAAAUUCGAAAGUCCAGCUCUUACAUGUUCUUGAGACACGCAAAACAGUCCUUAAGAAAGAACAAGGCAUGGCUUUUGCACGUGCUGUUGCUGCUGGUUUCGAAAUUGAUCAUAUUACGAAUUUGUUAUCAUUCGCUGAAUGCUUUGGUGCAUCACGUUUAAUGAAUGCUUGUUUGCGGUUCAUGGAUUUGUGGAAGCGAAAACAUGAGUCCGGACAAUGGGUUGAUAUAGAAGCAGAAGAUGCAAUGUCUGGCAAAUUGGAUUAUUCGACCAUGAAUGCAUCAGGUAUUGUGCUUUCAAGUAUGACCAAUGGGCCUAAUGAACCCAGGGGUGAUGCUACUUCAGAAACUAAAGAGACAGUAGGCGGUGAUCCAAAUGCAGGUGGUGAACAACAAUAUCAUGGAGGACAAUCUCCCAAUCCAGGUUUCCCUCCUUGGGGUAUGCAUACUUCACUAGGUAGCGUACCCGUGUAUCAAGCAUAUCCCAUGCCAUACUAUCAACAUUAUCCUGGAACCGCUCCAUUUUAUCCUCCGCCACCUUAUCCAUCCAUGGAGGAUCCUCUUUUUCAUUUGAGGCAUUCCAUGGAACAUAAUAACAGAUAUACCAGCCCUGAACCUGACGAAGGCUCAGAACUACAAAAGGAUGUUGGAAAAUCUGGGAAAUCAAGAUCAGGCAAGGUGGUUAUCCGUAAUAUUAACUUCAUUAACUCAAAAAACCAGAAUUCAUCAGGAGAUGACUCCGAAUCAGCCUCUGACAGUGAUAUCGGGGAUGAGAUCGAGUCUCGUAAUAAUGGAAGUAGCUUAAGAUCCUCGAAGAGAAAAGGUAACCGGAAAGAGUCUGAAUCUGAGACUCGUAACAGGAAAGAAAUAGAUAGUGGCCCUUGGGAUGCAUUUCAAAGUUAUUUACUCAAAGGGGUUGCAGAAGGUGACCGUUCUGCUAAUGAAGAUAUGUUUGCAAUGGAAAAGGAUUCUAAAACAAACAGACUGCAAAAAAGCAUGGCUGCUGAUCCAUUGGCACAUGUAGGGCGAGAUGAUGAUGGUGAAGGGAAGAGAAUUGAUAUGCAAUCCUUUGAUAGAAAUGGAAGAAAGAUUUUGUAUAGGAGUGGAAAUGACGAUUUUUUGUUAGGUAGAAGAGAACAAGCAUAUGUAAGGGAUCCACUAGUCGAUAAUGGGUUUGAGGGUGCAACCGCCAAUUUGGACAGAAAUGGAUUGCAUGCUGCUGACGAAGCAGUUAUGGUUUCGUUGCGCUCAACUUCAGGUGUAAAUGACCAUAGAAGUAGCAUGAAUAUGGACUUAUAUGACCUCCCAUCAUCCAACACUCAAAAUCCAGAAAACAUAUCUAAUAAGCAAGUCAUCACAUAUGAGCCAGAUGCCUUAAGCUUGAUGCCUGAACGAGAUCUUGAGAAGAGGCCUUUGGGAUAUGAUCCUGCUUUAGACUAUGAAAUGCAGUUAGCUGAAGAUGCUGCUGUUGCUGCUUCACGUGAAAAAAUGAACAAGACCGAAGUUAAGAAAGGGUCUAAAAGUGCAGAAAAGCACCAACCGUCGAAAGCUAACCAGGGGCCUUCUUUGGUAAGGAAGGGAAGACCAUCGAAGGUGAAUAAUACUAUAGAGGAUGCACGUGCACGUGCUGAGAAACUAAGAUCCUAUAAAGCUGAUCUUCAGAAAAUGAGGAAAGAACAGCAAGAUGCAGAACUUAAAAGACUUGAAGCUCUUAAGAUGGAGAGACAAAAGAGAAUUGCUGCAAGAGCUAACUCCAGCAAACAACAGUUACCAUCUAAGCUCUCUCCCAUGUCUCACAGAGGAUUCAAGUUCACUGAUUCAGAGCCUGGUUCAUCGUCUCCUCUACAAAGAUCCAAAAUAAGACCUACUUCCAUAGGAUCAACCAUUUCAAAAAAAUCCUUGACCAGCAGCACCAAAUUAGCUGAUGGGAAUCAUUCAGCAGGGAAUAGAUUGACCAGAUCCUUGUCAUCUAUGUCAGAUACAAAGAAAGAAAGUAGUUCUGUUAUUCCAGAUUCAAAGGCUUCUAUGACUCGCAUUAGAAGGCUAUCUGAACCUAAAAAGAUCAACAACAUUCAUGUUCAUACUACUAUUAAGACACGGAGUGCAGAGCCUGUUUCGAAACCAAAGUUAUCCAAUGGGCCCGAGAGCAAAAAGAUUUCUGCUAUUAUUAACCUUGAUCAAACUAAGGCUGCAUCCCUUCCUGAGCUCAAAAUCAGAACAUCAAAGGCAUCUUCAAAUCUAACGCAAAAGGUGAAGGUAAAGGAGGAUAAGACUGUUGGAGCUUCUGAAGUUGCUAAAGUGAAUUUAAAUGACAGAUUCAAUGUAGCCGAUGGCAACCCUAUAAUUGACAAGACUGUCGUCAUGCUUGAACAUAAGCGUCAGUCAUCAUUAACUAAGGAAUAUGUCAGUAAUCAUGGAACAGAGGUCAAUGUUCAAGAGGUGCCUUUGUCUAUGGAAAUUAUUGAUAAAGGGACCAUUUCAGUCCACCCCCAGAAACAUCAUACUUCUGGUGAGGUGAAUGAUCGUGUGGAGAAUUUGGGCGAAAAUCCAGGAACAAGUUCUAGCUACCAAGCUCCUUAUGCACGUGUUUCAUCUUUUGAAGACCCAUCUACUAGAAAUUCAGAAUAUGCAAAAGCACCUCCGUCCAACUUUGGAAUGACUUCGGGAGCUGAAAAGACAUAUAUUUCUGAUUUUAACAACUUGAAGCUGGAAAAGAUCCCUGAAGUCCUUGAGAAACCCCAACCAAAAGGAUUCAGACGACUUCUCAUGCUUGGAAAGAAAAGCCACACCCCUUCAGAUACCGCAACUUCUCAACCUGAUAAUCUUACAUUCACUGCCCCUGCUUCUGCUGAAGUUCAUACAUUGAAGACCUUAAUAUCUGAAGAUCAAGCUCCCAUACAUGGUCAUGCUUCUCAAAAGUCUUCAAAACACUUCUCGUUACUAUCCUCCUUCCGUGGGAAGACAACUGAAAAGAAACCAACCGCAUGAAUGGACGGACAUCUUUGAAACUUCGAGGCUUUUGUGAAGUGAGGGGGUAUAUCCUGAGUUAUUAACUUAUUAUGCACAUUCUAAAUGUAUAGUUGAUGAAAUUGGGUUUAAAGAGCAGCUCUUUUUCGUCAAUUUCUGUGGGUUGUUGUAGGUCAAAAGUUUUGGACCAUCUACAUUCGAAUCUCUAGGUUAGCUUUAGAUCAAAUUAAGACUGAUAUGUUUUGUUGCUGGUAAAUUUGUUAAUUAAAUCUAUUAAAGUAAAGUUGAUGAAA